AUGGCUGCGCUGCGUCCACUGACGGCGGCGGAUCUGCAUGCGCUGGAUGUGGUCAACUGCGAUGUGUUCACGGAGACAUUUGCACAUCCCUUUUAUCUUAAAUACCUCUCCUCUUGGCCAGAUCUCUGCUAUGCUGCAGAGGCUCCCGACGGGGCUGUGCUUGGCUACAUCAUCGGGAAGGUAGAAGGCGUCGGUGACAUGUGGCAUGGCCACCUGACAGCUCUCUCCAUCGCACCUGAAGGGCGAGUAUGCGGUGUUGCUGGGAUUCUCAUGAAUCGCCUAGAAUCCAUCUGCAGGUCCAUCUACAAGUGCUACUUCAUGGAUCUAUACGUUCGUGUCAGCAACCAGCCCGCCGUGGCCUUCUACCGUAAGAGAGGCUACAAAAUAUUCAAAACAGAGAAGGGUUAUUACUCCGGUGCAGAGGAUGCCCUCGACAUGCGCAUGCCGUUCUUUGAAAAUGAUCCACAGGGGAUUUCCCUUAGAGGCGCCGAGCUCUCAGAUGGGGAAGCCCUCGCAGGAGUGCACCUGAAGUUUGCUUCAGGUAGUUCUCGCCCCCUUCUUGUGAUAGUCUCUAGGGGCCUCAACGACAUUCCAAUGUGCUAUAGAUCCUUCACUAAGAGACAAGACUCUCCCGCAGGCUCAGCAGAGCUGGGAGCUCUCCCCUCACUGCGUCUCUUCCCCUCAGCUGCACCUGGGGGCCCUUCGUGCGACAUAACUUAUAAUAACUCCCACUAA